AUGGCAGGUGAUUUCGGAAACAAGUCAAAUUCCCAAGAGGAAGUAAGAUACUGCUUUGGUUUACCAAACUCAGUUGCAGCUCCAAUUGCCAUGUGCGCAUUCAUCGCUUCAUCAAUUGGAUGUGUAUACUACAACAAGAUGUGCUACCAAAAGGAUCUUCCAUUCCCAGUUUUCAUGUCAUGGGCUCAACAACUCAUUGGUAUGGCUAUAAUGUCCACUUUCUUGACAGUUAGAGGUAUUCUCAGUGGAAAUGAGGAGAUGUCAGCAAGCAUUCCAUUAAGCAAAAGAUUAUACAGAUACAAAUAUGCAGUUUUUGUAGCUUUCUGCUUCUGUAUGAACAUUUCUUUGAAUAACAUGUGUCUCAAGGAUGCCAAAGUUUCUAUGUAUGCUGUUGCCAAGUCCACUACUGUAUGUUACUCACUCCUCUUACAAUACUUCUUAUUGGGUAUCAAGGCUAAGCUUUCAUCCGUUUUAUCAUGCUUUGUUAUUAUUGGAGGUGUCAUCGUUGGUAUCUCAGAUAAGGAGUUCGGUCUCGAGCCACGUUCAUUCUUCAUGGGUACUUUAUCAUCAUUCUUCCAGUCCCUCUACUCUGUUGCAGUUAAGUACACCGUCCCACACUGUGACAACUCAACCACUGAGCUCUUACUUCAUGUACAAGAGCUCUCAUGUAUCAUCCUUUUAAUCCUCUCUGUUGUGUGGGGUGAAACAUCAAAGGUCUUAUCUUCCAAUGUAUUUGCCUUCGUCUCUGCUCCACUCAGUGCCAUCCGGUUGUGGGUUUUGAUGGCUGGUUCUGCUAUCCUCGCCAUAUGUUUGAACCAAUGUACAUAUUUGGUCGUAUCUCUUACUACCCCAGCAACAUACAACGUUACUGGUUUAGUCAAACAAGCCCUUCAGACAGCCGGUGGUUUCAUCUUUUGGGGUGACAAGCCAAAACCAGCUCCAGUUGCCGGUGCAUGCCUUACACUCACUGGUUCCGCAAUCUACACUCUCACCAAGCUCUGGGACGGAACUCCAAAGAACACCAAACAAGAAGAAACCAUCAAGGAACAAGCCCGUCUCUCAGUUGGAACUGGUUCUGAUGCAUUUGAGAAUCCACUUACCGAGAACGGGAACCAAAACGAAAAGCAACCUCUUAUUGCAGAAGACAAGUGCGAGAAAGGUCAAGCUUAA